AAAAUUAAAAUAUUCGAAACAAUGUUUCUCAAGACGUCAAAUAUGUUAAUACGUAUAUCCAAUCGAUUUUAACUUUGGUACCUAUCAAAUUUGAUUCCUUACGAACCAACGGUAUAUAUUUUUUAUUUCUUUUUUAUUUUUUGUUAUCGAAAAAAAAAGAAAAAAAAAAAGAAGGAAAAAGAAUAAGCGUCACGCAUCGUUUUAAUAUGUGAUAUAAUUAAUCAUCACGUUGUUCAUUCUUCCUCGAUCAUCGUUCGAUAACAGUAGUAUGCACGCACAUCCACAUAUGACUAUAAAAAGGAUUUCAAAAUGAGCAUGAGAAGUUUGUAGUAAUCAACGAAGUUAAAAGUGUUUUUCGUAAAAUAAAUAAUUAUUGAAAUGUAUUCAUCUACUGUUACAUUUUUUGUGUCGGCGUUAUGCGCUCUCUUACUUCCAUAUUAUGUUGUAGGAGAACUACAAAUAUUGUCAUGUAAGAAAGAAGACAUAGCACCAGGACCCAUAUCAAUGGGAGAUAUAAAUGCGUCCGGCAGUACAAUAAAAGGCUCAACAAUGGAAGUCAAAGAAGAAAUAAAUCCGAGUUUUAUUACGGUACACUUACAAAUAAACGAUGAAGAUGGCGAUUCAGUGAUGGAACAAAAUACCGAUUUUUGUAGUAUGAAUUCCGCGGAUUUGUUUAAAUCUUAUUUCGAAUCGUUCAGUGAGCCGCAAUUUAAUAAAGGAAAUUGUCCUAUAAAUCCCGGUACUUAUAACUCGGAUGAUUUUCAAAUACAAGCUGAUGGAGGUGAAGGAACUUAUACAGUUGUUCUCGAGGCAUUAGAAGGAUCAAAUUUGUUUCUACGUAUAACUUGUGAGGCUAAACUCGAAUAAUACAGUGUAUAAUUAUCACUUUCUUUUUUUUUGAUGUUAGACAAAAUUGCCAUAAUAUAUAGCAGUUUUAAUUGUUCCAAAUGAAAGUUGAAAAAUUAAAUUUGAGGUAAAAUUGUUUUAUUACUUAUAAAAAAAGAGACGCAUAAUAACACUCUAAUUGUAUCUGUAUAGUGUGCUUCAUUUUAUUAUGUAAUUAUUUACUUAUUAUAUUAUAUUUUGUUGCAAGAUUAA